GUGGAAGAGGUGGAAGAAAUUGGUGUGGUAGAAGUUGAUAAUGUUGGUAACAAUUAUGGAGAUGACAAUAAUAUUGAUGGCAAUGAUGAUAUUAGUGAAUUAGAAAAGGUGGAAGAAAUUGGUGUGGUAGAAGUUGAUAAUGUUGGUAACAAUUAUGGAGAUGACAAUAAUAUUGAUGGCAAUGAUGAUAUUAGUGAAUUAGAAAAGGUGGAAGAAAUUGGUGUGGUAGAAGUUGAUAAUGUUGGUAACAAUUAUGGAGAUGACAAUAAUAUUGAUGGCAAUGAUGAUAUUAGUGAAUUAGAAAAGAGUAAUUGCAAACCUUUUACAAUAAAGUUACGUAGGUAUGAAGAUGAAAAGGGUGAAAAAUUAGAUGAUUUAUUAAAAAAAUAUCAAGAUCAAGGAUUUUAA